AUGUCAAAAGAAGAACGACAACACAAGAUUAUAAACGUUUUGGAAACUUAUUUUAGUGAUGCAAGUUUAUUAUGGGAUAAGAUCAUGGUGAGCAAGAUCACUGCUGAUCCUGAAGGCUUUGUUUCCUUUGACACAUUAAGUAAAUUACAAAAGUUUAAAGCAAUAGAAGCAACACCAGAAGAGAUCAAAGAAUGCUCCAAGAUACGUUCGCUGAACAAACUAAAGUUGAGUGAGGAUGAAACGCGUAUUGCACGUAUUAAACCAUUUAUACCCAACAAGAAAGAGGAACUGGACGAAUGGUCGAUCUAUGUUGAAGGGCUGACGAAGCCUUAUGUUGAUGAAGCUUCUAUUUCCGAAUUAUUCACCAAACUGGUCGGACGCGUAUCCUUUGUACGUAUACCUGAAAACAAGAGAGGAUUCAAGCAGUUUCAAGGGUUCUGCUUUGUCGAAUUUGAUAACAAGGAAUGUGUUGAUAAGGCUAUCAAACUCACAGAGUCUACUGAUAAUUUUAAGCUCAAGUUGCGCAUCAUAUUCGAAUGGAACAAGUACAAGGAAGAUUAUUUAAAGAGAUUUGAGGAAAGAAAGCAAUGGAUUCAAAGCCUAUGGCAAGAGUAUAACAAUAAACAGCAACAAGAAAAUUCUAGCAAGAUGGAAUUAGACAAGGAAGAGACAACAUUCAAAAAGGGUGUGAUUGUGUUUGUGGACCAUCUUGAUCCAAAAUGUUCAAAAACAACUGCUAUUGAGCUUCUUCAGACAUCUGGAGUUUCUAUUGCAUUCAUGACGCCAAAGAAGAAAGGGCUGACAUCGGUACAUAUUCGUCUAGAAAGUCCAGAAGAUGCUCAAAGGAUGUGUGAUUACUUUGAAAACCACCCGACAAUACAAGAAAAUGAACAGGAUAAAGUAGGAAAGGCGAGCAAAGAACAUAGCGCAGAGACACUAAAACUAAGAGUUUUAAAAGGUAAAUCAUAUACACACGGAAGAGGAAAUAUAUUGGGAAAAUGA